CUCUCUCUCUCUCUCUCUCCUCUCUCUCUCUCUCUCUCUCUCUCUCGUCGUGGAUAAAUACAAGGGCCAAGAACACAUUCGCCACUGGUAUGCAAACUCCAUCACCUGAAGCGAUGAUAGCUUUACAUCUGUUGUUGUGUUUGCUGGCCUCGGCGUCGUGGGCUAAUUCCGCUGGCGCUCCUGAUCACCGUUGCAAUCGUAAUGGCGUUUGCGUCUCUGCGCAGGACCCGAAGGAAUGGGAGACGGUUAGGAACGACUUGAACGAGGGAGCCUACUCCACCCUGUUCGACGUCGAAGGCGCGGUGUUCGCCUCCAACUUCAACUACACCGGCGCCUACGAGUACUCAAACGGGUACAAGGGCAACUUCUCUGAGGUCUUGGAAACCGUCGUGGAGGACCUCGGUGGCAACACCUUCAGGGGAACCAGCACCUACCUCACCGCGCUCGAGGGCUUCUCCACAGCCCCGUACGACCAGGCCACCUACUUGACGGUCACCAGCAACUACACGGUGGCGGGGAACCUCGUCGUCUGGCAGCAGGAAGGAGAGGGCAAGGUCUACAUGAAGGACGCCCACGGCGAGUACUCGGAGGUCGCCAACGUCGCCGUCACCGGCAGCGGCUUGUUCAGGACCAUAUCCGAAAAGGAGUCGACCAUGCUGGUGGAGAGCACCCAGUGGCAGACGCCGGAGACUUCUCGAGCGUGACGACGUUCUCCGCCAACUUGCAUACCUCUGUCGGGACGGAAAACUCGAAGGUCACCGGCACGCAGACCACGACCUCGAAGUCGGGGUCCUAUGGCUAUGUCCUCCUGUGCGAGGUCACGGAGACGCAGCCGCUCCCUAUGCAGGAAGGGCCUGUUGAAGUUUCAGCCACAGGCAUCAUGCAGGAUCCGAGCGGACUGUCGACGAUGAAGUCUACAGGUUCGGGGUACCAGUGGUACCCCAAAGCGCUCCCCGGCGACGUCAAGGAAUGGAUUGGACACCAUGUGGCACUGACCCUCAGGAAUGUCGGGAAUGUCUUUUAGGGCAUCCCUCGUAGGAUUCCAGUUCAAUUCACUUCCCUCCAGUGAAUUUCAUUAAUUACGUAGGAUGCGAGUAAAUUCAUACAAUCGUUCACUUACACGUUAUCUUAGACAUGAAAACUCAUCCAACGGAGUUUAUUGAAGAAUGUUUUGAUAACAUAAAUAAGAUUUAUUCUAUUUGUAUUAAAAGAGAAGUUCAGUCUGCAUUCAAUAUUCAAUCAUGUAAUGUGAAUAUAUAGUUGUUGGCAAUCAGACCAUGACCCAUGAAAUAAAAGCAUUAUUAUAGUGAA